AGGAGCGGCGCGGGCAGCUCGGGGAAGAGGCGGGGGCCCGGCGGCGGGGAGGCGGCCGAGGCGCGGGGACGGCGCCGGGAGGCGGGAGCAGUCCCGCUGCAGCUGCGGCCGCGGAAGGAGGCGGUCUGGGCUCGGCUCCGCGGGCCCCCAGGCGCGGCCAGCGACGGGUCCCUACCUACGCAGACUCUGCGUCAACGAAUAAGCUGAGUACGCUCAACUAGAAGAGAAACAGAGACAAAGUCAUCAUGGCUUCGGUGUCUACUCAUGGAAGUCAAGAUAAAGGCCCCCAUUUGCCACCACCAAGCAAGCAGGAGGCAACUGGGUCUCAAGGACACCAGGCAGGCAAAGGGAGUGAGGAGCAUUGCAGGCAGGAUGAGCCGCAUGGACGGAAGCUGGGGAGUCUAUUAUUUUGUCCAAAAUCAAAACUGCACAUCCACAGAGGAGAGAUUUCAAAGAUUAUCCGAGAGUGUCAAGAAGAAAGCUUCUGGAAGAGAGCUCUGCCUUUUUCUCUUGUGAGCAUGCUCGCCACCCAAGGACUAGUCCACCACGGUUAUUUAGCAUCUAAUCCAAGAUUUGGAUCAUUGCCCAAAGUUGCACUUGCGGGUAUCUUGGGAUUUGCCCUUGGAAAGGCAUCAUACAUACGAGUGUGCCAGAGUAAAUUCCAUUCCGUCGAAGAUCAGCUCCGUGGGGCUGGUUUUGGUCCAGGGCAUAACAGGCACUGCCUGCUUACCUGUGAGGAGUGCAAAAUCAAGCACGGAUUACACGAGAAGGGAAGCUCUCAGCCUUCAGCUUCUUAAACUUGUCUCUACGGCUUUGGAAGUUCCUUACACCUCUCUCUGAAUUUGUACACAUUUAGAAUUUCAAGUGUACUUUAAAAUAACAUAUGUAUAGUGGAACAGAAACAUUGUGCUUCUCUCUUUUUGACAUGCUUUCUGGGGAAGAUUCUCAAUUGAAGCGAGCAGUAUAUGUUUGUCUGCGAUUUGAGAACUUGUCGGGGGCAUUCACACACCAAAAAAGAAAUUACAUUGCAUUCCUUAACUUGCUUACAGCUGAGUAAAAGCUCUCAAGUCUUCGCUGA